GCUCUCGUCUCUCCUCGCUUAGGGCAACAGGGGCGGGAUAGAUCUACUCUCUCUCACACUCUCUCUCGCAACCAAAGAAUGGUGCUCGUGCUGCGCAACAGAUCUGAUCCCUCGCUGGGAUCUAGCCACUCGCAAGACGAUGAUGAGCGUUCUCUCACGGGUGGAGCGUCGGCAUUAGGAAGAAGGGGGCAGAGGCAAUGGAAGCAAGUGACUGCCAGUAUGAAGGGAUUUGCUGGUCGAUUGUCCAUCUCUGGCCUGGUGCUGCUUCUGUGCAUGGUGUCGCUGGUCUCGCAGUUGCGGCAAGACGGUGUCAUCGUUCACUCUCAUAUUGAUGUGAAUUCUCUUUGGACGAGCUCUUCUUCUUCUGGUUGGAGGCCUUCCUCGGCUCCCAGAUCUUUUUGGCCGCCCCCUCCCAAGAAAAGCAAUGGCUAUCUCGUCGUUCGGUGCAAUGGCGGGCUUAACCAGCAGCGUAGUGCCAUUUGUAAUGCAGUUUUGGCAGCGAGGAUAAUGAAUGCAACGCUUGUGUUGCCGGAGUUGGAUACUAACUCGUUUUGGAACGAUAAAAGUGGUUUUGCUGGCAUUUAUGAUGUAGAACACUUUAUCAAAUCCCUUAGACACGACGUCAAGAUUGUGGAGUCCCUUCCUUACGUCUCCGACAAGAAGAAGAAAAAGAUGAAGGCUUUCCAGAUCGCACCACCGCGAGAUGGUCCUCCAAGUUGGUACGAGACCGAAGCGCUGGCUAAGAUGAAACAGCACGGCGCGAUAUAUCUCACUCCCUUUUCCCAUCGCCUAGCCGAAGAGGUUCCAAACGCCGAGUACCAGCGGUUGAGGUGCCGAGUAAACUUCCACGCACUGCGUUUCAAGCCGGACGUGAUGCAGCUGAGCAACCAGAUCGUGAGCAGGCUCCGCGCUGAAGGCCACUUCAUGUCGAUCCAUCUCCGUUUCGAGAUGGACAUGCUUGCAUUCGCUGGGUGCCUCGCCAUAUUCAAACCGGAAGAGCAGGAGAUACUACGAAAGUACCGCGAGCAAAACUUUGCCAAGAAGCGCCUCGUCUACAACGAGAGGCGCUUAAUCGGGAAGUGUCCCUUGACACCGGAAGAAGUCGGGCUCAUCCUCCAGGCAAUGGGCUUCGACAACUCGACCCGCCUCUACCUCGCAGCGGGCGACAUCUUUGGAGGCGAGAGAUUCAUGCAGCCACUGCGAGAGAUGUAUCCUCACCUGGAGAAUCGCACCACCGUGGCCGCUCCGGAGGAGCUGGAAGCUGUCCAGGCCGAGGGGAGAGGACUCCUGGGACCGGCGGUGGACUACAUGGUGUGCUUGCUCUCGGACAUCUUCAUGCCAACUUACGACGGUCCCAGCAACUUUGCCAACAAUCUCCUCGGCCACAGGCUCUACUACGGCUUCCGGACGUCCAUCCAGCCCAACAGGAAGGCUCUGGCACCGAUCUUCAUGGCUCGCGAGAGUGGUGGCGGCGCCGCCGCCGCAAACUUCGAGGCCAUGGUGAGAGGCGUGAUGAGCGGUGGAACGUUUGGAAGGUCUCACCGCCGGGUGAAUCCCGAGUCGUUCUACACGAAUCCCUGGCCGGAGUGCUUCUGUAGGAAGGAGAGCGAUGAUCCGCGCGAGAGGUGCCCGGCGAACACCAGGAUGAAUGCCACGGCUUCGGAGGAGGAGGGUAGCGACGGGAUCAAACGCGUCCUUUCGGACGAUGUGGAAUGAAAUAGUGCAUAGUAUCUCAUUGUUUUGGAUUGAUACUUAUCGAGAGUUUAUGAUGAGAGUACAUGGAGAUCAUAGAGAGUA